AUGCCAGCGACCCUGCACGACCUCUACGUGUCUAUCAAUAACAGCCAGCCAUGGACAGGCGCGCGCUUUGUCCUUCGCCAAGUCUUCGGACGCUUGCAAUCCGACCUCGAAACCGACAUGCAAACAACCGAUUGGAGCAUACCGCUCAUAUGGCUCUUCACCGAGUUAGUCGAAUCGACAUCGUCUCCUCUCCUCAUGUCGCAAAAGACCAGCAUCAGAACACCGGAUUGGAAUUGCCCGGCUAUCGAACGCUUACUCAAGAGCAGAUCUCAGAUUAUGAAGAUCAGCGCUCCGCUUUCCGUACACACCACGACACUCGACACAAUCGAGGUUAUGGUCCGUUCGGAGUAUCUCUUCUUUCACAAGAAUCUCCAUAUACUGGUCUCUUUCACAUUCUCUGUCGCCCCCACAAUUGAUGGUACGGCUGAUAGUUGCCAGUCUGAUCGGUUGACAACGCUGCUCGACGACGUCAAUAUCCAUCGGGGUGUGCAGACUGUCUAA